AUGAUGGAUCGCGACCUUUGGGGCGAGCUCCGCAACCGCUGGGCGGCUUGUUGCGAACGAUUGCGAACAUGGCUGCACUGCGCUGCUCAAGUCAAUGUGCAAGGCGGUAACCCUCAUGGAGCCAUGCGGCGAACUGCUACGGCUUUGUUCCAUGUCGCCCCAGUCAUCGCAUGGAGCAGGAUCGAGAAGGACCAAUCAUCCGUCUUCUGUCAAGACUUCACGAGCUUUCACCGCCUCAGGGCUACGGCAAGCCCGGAGAGUGAGAAGAGGAAGCUGUCACAGCGUUUGAUAAAGCACACGGACUUUGUGUACCGCUGCUUAAGCCACGGUCAGCUGGAAGAUUUCUACUCGCUCGGCAAGGAACUAGGUUUCGGCUCCUUCGGCACCAUUUACUUGGCUCAGCAUAAGAUGCUGGGGCACGGCUUUGCUUUUGCGGUCAAGAAGAUCCGCAAGUCUGAGAAUGAUGAAAAGUUGCAAGAGCUUCUCAUGAACGAGAUUCAUGCCUUGAUGGACCUAGACCAUCCCAACGUGGUCAAGCUGCUCAGGUACUUCGAUGAGGGCAGCUACAUGUACCUCGUUUUCGAACUUUGUCAAGGUCCAGAUCUGCAAACACGGCUUGAGAAUGAGGGCCGGGUCGAGGAGAAGGAGGCGGCAAACACCAUGCGGCAAAUGCUGGCCGCUCUAAAAUGCUGCCACGAGCAUUACAUUGGGCACUUUGAUGUGAAGCCGGAGAAUUUCAUCUACCGCAGCACCGAUAUGACUAGGCUGAAGAUGAUCGACUUGGGCCUCGCGACCCGGUUCAAACGAAGUCGGAAGGAGAUCCGAGGAACGAGCGCAUACAUGGCGCCAGAGAUGUGGGAUGGCUUCUUUGGACCAGAAGCUGACAGCUGGGGCUGCGGUGCCGUUUUCUUCAACCUGCUCACAGGCAAGUCCUUCUUUCCGCCAACGAUGGGGGAUGAUGACAUAAAGAUCCUCGCAAAAGACCGGAAGUGGGUGCGGAACAGGUUGCGAGUGCUGCGGGAUUCAGGCCUUUCCAAGGAAGCAAUUGACCUCGUCAGCAAGCUGAUGCGCCACGACCGGCACUUCAGGCUCACUGCGCGAGAGGCUCUUCAACAUCCCUUCUUCACAUUGCACAGCGAGCGAGAGGCCGCGGAGGCAUUGUGCAAACACAACCCUGAGUACGCAGAGCUGGAUCGGCAAGCACAGGAGAUUGUGGACCAGCUCGUGGGACACUUCACAGCCUUUGCUGCACAGCCGGUCCUCGUCCGUGCUGCCCUACUCCUGAUGGCACACGUCGGCGCCUACAGCUUCGAACAUGCGCGGCCACAGCGGGUGGCCUUCUCUAAGCUUGACAGGUCGGUCAGCGGCGGGCUGUCCAUGGAAGAUUUGGAAGCCUUCUACGAAGACAGCGGCAUGCCGAUGCCAGAGAUGCUGGAAAGUGCAUUCAGCGGUGUGGAUGUGGACGACGACGGCUACAUCACCUACAUCGAGUUCCUCUCAGCCACGCUACCGCACUGGGCUCGCAGCGACCGAACAUUCUGUCGCCGCGUGUUCGAGAUCCUGGACCGGAACUGUGAUGGGGUAAUUGAUGCCGCUGAUCUGGCACAGGCCUUCUUCCCUGACAAGGACGAGAAAGGCUCUGGCAUUUGCGCUGAAAGCUUGGCGGAGGUCUGUGACGGGCAGCUAACCUGGAAGCGUUUCCUGGAACUUAUGCAGCAGGUACAGGGUGCCGUGCCGAAAGCCAUCUUGGCUGCUUACUGGGACGAGUUCAUGAGAAGACCCGACGUUCGCAAAGGCAGGCACUGCAUCAGGCCGGAGAUUAGCCGAUCAUUUACCUUCGGUGAGGAGGGAGUAUCUGGAGGUCAGUUCUUCAAACAGCAUCUGGGGAAGAUCAAGCUGAACGAUGUGGUGGUCGAUUGGAGCAAGCAGGACCUGUCGCACCUGGCCUCGGCAAAGGCAUUCGAUGAUUACCUUGCCACUCAAAUUCGCACAGCAGCUGUCGUCAGCAUCGAGAACAUCGACAGUUUUGCUGGACAGUCCAAGGUCCUACGAAUAGACUACGAGGAUGCGAAGUACAAGGCCGUGGCACAGAAAUUCAGCUUGAUGCCAGAUGAGAAGGAAGGUAUCAGGCGGAUGAGCUACCGCGGUGUCAUCCCGCUAUCGUGGCAUACCAACCGCGUCUAUCUUCACACGAGGACAUGGCCGCCUGGCCUGCCCAAUUACACUGCAGCAACAGUGCGAACAUGGCGGAGCUUCUCCGGUGAAGUGGAAGUUCAGUUCGAGGAAUCCUUCAGCGGCUUUUCCAUCACAGGCUUCGUGGUUUGGGAGGCAGCGCAUCAGUUGAGCAAUUUUCUGUGCUCACACAAACUGCUGGUGGAGGGUCAGCGGGUCUUGGAACUGGGCGCUGGUUGUGGCCUCGUGUCUGCUGUGUCAGCUAGCCUGGGUGCAGAGGUGACCGCAACGGAUCGAGCAGAGAUUCUGCCCAGAUUGAGGUGCACAGCACAGCUUGGGAAGCAGGCCCAGAGAUUCGAGGUAGCCCAGCUUGACUGGCACGCGGAUCCACCUUGGCCUGCUGGACACUUCGAUUUGAUCUUGGGCUCUGACAUUACAUAUGGUAGCCGCUGCCAUGACGACUUGCUUCGGCUUUUGUGGCAUUUGAUGGUCGGUUCCAAGACCUCAGCCUUGCUUACACAUGGAGUGCGGAGUCCGGAACAAACAGCGCUUCUGUGGCAUCAGAUCCUCAAGGAUUGGCCAGGAACAUGUUGGCUUCUGCACGAUUACGAAGUGUUGGAAAGAUGUCACGUCCAGCACAAGCACGACAGUGAUCUACCUGACAAGUGCAUAACGUUUGUGCUCGGUGCCACGCGACCUGCCUGCGGAACUCUGCUUGGUGCCGCAUACGAAAAUUUCCUUAUGGCGAGUCAGGAGAGACCAUUAGUUUGUCCUCAACCGGAGCCCGAAUUACUCGGCGACGGCAUUCUUGGACCCGCCUUGUUGGCCUAA